AUGGCGGCGGCGGCGCUGUCGGGCUCGGGCCCCCCGCCCGCGGGCGGCGGCGGCGGCGGCGGGGCCGGGGGCGGCGGGUCCCCGCCGGGCGGCUGGGCCGUGGCGCGGCUCGAGGGCCGCGAGUUCGAGUACCUGAUGAAGAAGCGCUCGGUGACCAUCGGGCGCAACUCGUCGCAGGGCUCGGUGGACGUGAGCAUGGGCCACUCGAGCUUCAUCUCCCGGCGCCACCUCGAGAUCUUCACGCCCCCGGGCGGCGGCCAUGGCGGGGCCCCCGAGCCGCCCGCACAGCCCCGGCCCGACGCGGGCGGCGACUUCUACCUGCGCUGCCUCGGCAAGAACGGCGUGUUCGUGGACGGCGUGUUCCAGAGGCGCGGGGCGCCGCCGCUGCAGCUGCCGCGCGUGUGCACGUUCAGGUUUCCCAGCACGAACAUCAAGAUCACGUUCACCGCGCUGUCCAGCGAGAGGCGGGAGGGCCAGGAGGCGCCCGAGGCCCCGGUGCAGCCCCAGAUCUCGCCCCUGACCAUCCACAUUCCAGACACCAUGGCCCACCUCAUCAGCCCCCUGCCGUCCCCCACGGGGACCAUCAGUGCUGCAAAUUCCUGCCCAUCCAGCCCCCGUGGAGCAGGGUCUUCGGGGUACAAAGUGGGCCGUGUGAUCCCAUCUGACCUCAGUUUAAUGGCCGACAACUCACAGCCGGAAAAUGAAAAGGAGACUUCAGGAGGAGACAGCCCGAAGGAUGACUCAAAGCCACCUUAUUCCUAUGCACAAUUAAUCGUACAAGCAAUUACGAUGGCUCCUGAUAAGCAGCUCACCCUCAAUGGAAUUUAUACGCACAUCACUAAGAAUUACCCGUACUACAGGACGGCAGACAAGGGCUGGCAGAAUUCGAUCCGCCACAAUCUCUCUCUGAACCGUUAUUUCAUCAAAGUCCCGCGUUCCCAGGAGGAACCGGGCAAAGGCUCGUUCUGGAGGAUAGACCCUGCCUCCGACAGCAAGUUAACAGAACAGGCGUUUAGGAAGAGGCGGCCGAGGGGCGUGCCCUGCUUCAGGACCCCUCUGGGGCCUCUCUCCUCUAGAAGCGCCCCCGCCUCUCCCAACCACGCUGGAGUACUGUCUGCCCACUCCAGCGGCACGCAGACCCCCGAGAGCCUCUCGCGGGAAGGUUCACCAGCCCCCCUGGAGCCCGAGCCUGGCGCCCCACAGCCCAAACUCGCUGUCCUGCAAGAGGCGCGGUUCGCCCAGAGCGCCCCAGGGUCCCCUCUUUCUGGGCAGCCGGUUCUGAUAACGGUGCAGCGGCAGCUGCCGCAGGCCCUGAAGCCCGUCACCUACACGGUGGCCGCGGCGCCCGUGCAGCAGCCCAUCGUGCAGACGGUCCACGUGGUGCACCAGGUGCCCGCGGCCUCGGCCCCUGCCAGCGCCUACCCCGUGGCCGGACAGGCCGUGGUCGCCCACGCGGCCGUGGGGCCCCCGCCGGAGGCAGAGCCGCAGGAGAACGGAGACCACCGGGAGGUCAGAGUGAAAGUGGAGCCCAUCCCUGCGAUCAGCCGCGCUGCGCUGGGAGCCGCGGGCCGGGUGAUUCAGACGGCGCAGGCCAUCUCCAUCGUCCAGCAGGCGCCUCGGGGCCAGCACCAGCUCCCCAUAAAAGCUGUCACUCAGAACGGGACUCACGUCGUGCCCAUCGCCCCUGCGGCCCAAGGACAGGCAAAUAACGCAGCUGCGAGUCCUUUGCACCUGUUGGCGACACACGCCUCGGCCUCGGCCUCCCUGCCCACGAAGCGUCAGAACGGCAGCCAGCCUGAGCAGCCGGAGCAGCCGGAGCCAAAACGGAUCAAGACGGAGGACGGCGAGAGCGUCGUCAUCGCUGUGCAGGUGGAUGCGCUGCCCGCCACCGCGAGGGGCAAGGGCGUCCAGAACUAGCCCGGAGUCGCUGCUCCCGUAAGGGGUACAACGCUGUGGUGCCAAAAGUCGACACUUGCUCUCGAGCGAUGCACGGAGCAGUCUCACCUGGCGGGGGGCCCUGUGCCUGGACUUCACCUCUCAGCACUGAACACGCAAACCCAGGUGGCCUUAAAACUCCUUAAUUCAGAAACAGAAAUCACACUUGAAAAAACCACACACCACCAACCGUGCUCCGGCGCCCGCGGCCCCUCCUGCCGGGCAGCCCACCCGCCCCCGAGGGCUCCACUCUGCACCGACGGCAGCCCCAGCUCCGUCCCUGGUCAGCUCCAGACCAGCCUCGCAGGGACCCGCCGCGGCAGGUGCGGGAGGCAGACGGUAUUUUGUUCUUCACAUGUGGAAUUAGGAUAUUUUGAGGUGUACUUUUCUUUCUUUACAAAAUAAUGGGGUCUGACAUUUCAAAUCACUCCAUUUCUCCUCUGGAAAUUUUGGAAUCGCAGUACUUCUCAUGUGAAAUUUCAUUUGGGGAAAAGACGCAAUGUAGUUUCGUUUGUUUUGGUUGUUUGUUUUCAGCCUACGGAGAGGCCGGCCUUUGCCUGCUCCGGCGCCGCAGCGUGUCAUGCUGAAGCAGCGGUCCCCGCGCCUGCCCGUCCCUGCUGAGUGCACCACGAGGCCCGGCCGGGCCGGGGGCAGAACCGCAGGACCCCGGAGCCGCACUCACCUGUUCCGUUCUGCUCCGUUCGGUUGUCUCUUUGUGUUGACUUUGUCCCUGGCAUAAUUCUCCACUCUUAGGUAAAACAGGUCUUGCUGAGUAUUGUGUACGUUUAAAACGACACAACUGUUACUACUUCAUUUGGAAAAAAGAUUCGAUCUUUUAUCAUACACCCUUUUCAAACAAGGAUGAAAGACCCCUCCGUGGGCUGCCCGGCCCCGCAGCGGGUGCGCGUGGCAUUGGGUUGCUUUCUGAUUGUCAAUGGAAAACCCCCUUCGACCUUCCCAAACUGCAUUUGAUCCCAAGGCCGAUUCCUCUCCUGCAAAAGAGCAAAGCAAGCGGGAAGGAGGCGGAAGUGAGGGAGCAGGGGAGGCCCGGGAGGCCCACGCGGCCGCAGCCCAGGACGAAAAGCACUUGCCUUUCCUUAGAGUUCUGGGGCCCGAGGGCCGAGCAGCUGCGACAACAGAGGGCUCUGGCCUUAUUGUGAAUUUUUUAAUGUCAUCAUCAUAACAUUAUUUAUUUAAAUGUAGUUAUUUUGGUAUUUAAUUUUUUUUAAAGAGAGGAAAAAACCUGUAUUUUCCUGGUGGAAUGAAAUGGCUCAAAAUGGUAUAUUUAGGGAAUUUUAAAACAUUUAUUAUUUACCUAAAGACCAAAUAUGAUAAAGCUGUUCUAAGUAUUGUGUGUCAAUCCACAGUAUGGAGCUGUCACAAUGUUACUGCAGAUAUGCAUAUUAAAAAUUAUGAAAUUACUGCACACUAGCUGGAUUUAUAACUCAGCCAUUUAAACAAUAAAAGUGAAACCAUCAUGUGAAUGAGA